AUGCUCCAUUGCAGAAUAUUAACAGUAGGCGACGACAAGGCGAAAAAAGUACAACUUCUUACGGCGUUCAAAGAAGGGAAGUUGUCUCAGGACUACAACCCAAGCUUCUUUGAGAACUCAACACGAGUGUUAACGAUCGACGGGACACAAGUUGCUGUCGACAUCCUCGAUUCCACUGGAUUUGAUAUGUAUUCCUCGAUUCGAUCGUCGUUGUAUAUGAAUGUGGACGUUGUUCUCCUCUGUUUCUCUAUAUCAAAUAAACCAACUUUUAGAAGCAUCCAAAGCACAUGGUUUCCAGAAGUUAAACACUAUCUUCCAACAGUCCCAGUCUUCUUGGUCGGCACACAAAGUGAAAAGCGCGAAGAAAUUGGGAAUAUCAAAGGACGUUUGCAAUCGACUAAAGCGGCUUUGGAGUUAUCCAAAAAGAUGAAGGCUGUCGAGUAUAUUGAAUGCUCUGCAAAGACGGGACAAAACGUUCAAUACCUCUUCGAGAACGCAAUCCGCCAAGUCUUCCCCAAUAAGAGGGUCUUAUCAAACACUCAACAAAAGAAAGGAGAGUCGUUCUGGGUCAUCUACGUUCUUGUCAUUGUCUUCUACAUUCUCUUCAUCGUCUUUCUUCAUUAA